GAUUUACCCCAAAGAUACAGAUGCAGUGAAACGCCGGGACACCUGCACCCCGAUGUUUAUAGCAGCAAUGGCCACGAUAGCCAAACUGUAAAAAUGGCUUCUAUGUUAGGCCCUUCAAUUGUACCAGCAGCUGCAUGACUCUACCAAGAAGAGGGAAGCUGGAAAGAAUCAGAAAAAUUCACUCAGCCCCCUGCCUGCCUUCUUAUGGAGCCAUGUGGCUUUAGACAGUACACAAGAUCUUUCCUUGGGACCAGUGUUCCUGACUAUCCCUCACUUGCUUGGCCUCACUUGGGAGUUCAUGGAGCACAGUGAAUGUUCAGAAACAGGACUUGAUUUAGAGUGGUGGUGAUGGCAAGAAGAGAAUGGAGGUGGGACCAACUAAGACUACCCUGGCUUCUACAAUUGGUGCUGAUGAGUCCAGCUGUACUAGAGGAAGGAUCCAAACACUCAGUCGGGCACAGCUGAGCUAUGGGACCUACACGCAUGGACUUUUUAAGAAGCUGGGAAUUCCUGGGCCAACACCUCUGCCUUUUUUGGGAACUGUUCUUGGCUACCGUAAUGGUUUUUGUGAUUUUGAUGAGAAAUGUUUUAGAAAGUAUGGAAGAAUGUGGGGGUUUUAUGAUGGGCGACAGCCCGUGUUGGCUAUCAUGGAUCCAGACAUGAUUAAAACAGUGCUAGUGAAAGAAUGUUAUUCUGUCUUCACAAACCGACGGUCCUUUGGUCCAGUGGGAUUUAUGAAAAGUGCCAUCACUGUGUCUGAGGAUGAAGAAUGGAAGAGAAUACGAACAUUGCUGUCUCCAACUUUCACCAGCGGAAAGCUCAAGGAGAUGUUUCCCAUCAUUGGCCAGUAUGGAGAUAUGUUGGUGAGGAACCUGAGGAAGGAGGCAGAGAAAGGCAAAGCCAUCAGCUUGAAAGACAUCUUUGGAGCCUACAGCAUGGAUGUGAUCACCAGCACAUCGUUUGGAGUGAACAUUGAUUCCCUCAACAACCCACAAGAUCCGUUUGUGGAAAAUGCCAAGAAGCUCUUAAAAUUUGAUUUCCCUGAUCCAUUUUUACUCUCCAUAAUAUUGUUUCCAUUCCUUACUCCACUAUAUGAAAUGUUAAAUAUCUGGCUAUUUCCAAAGAAAAUUACUGAUUUUUUCACAAAGUCUGUAAAAAGGAUGAAGGAAAGUCGCCUCAAAGAUAAACAAAAGCACCGAGUCGAUUUUCUGCAACUGAUGAUUAACUCCCAGAAUUCUAAAGAAAUGAAUACCCACAAAGCUCUGUCUGAUCUGGAGCUUGUGGCUCAAUCUAUUAUCUUUAUUUUUGGUGGCUAUGAGACCACUAGUACUUCUCUCUGCCUCCUUAUGUAUGAAUUGGCCACUCAGCCUGAUGUCCAGCAGAAACUGCAAAAGGAGAUUGAUGCGACUUUCCCCAAUAAGGCAGCACCCACUUACGAGGCCCUUGUACAGAUGGAGUAUCUGGACAUGGUGUUGAAUGAAAGUCUCAGAUUAUACCCAAUUGCUGGUAGACUAGAGAGGGUCUGUAAGAAAGAUGUGGAAAUCAGUGGUGUGUUCAUUCCCAAAGGGACAUUGGUGGUGGUGCCAACAUUUACUCUUCACCGAGACUUGGAUCUCUGGCCAGAGCCUGAGGAGUUCCAACCUGAAAGGUUCAGUAAGAAGAACAAGGACAGCAUAAAUCCUUAUACAUACCUGCCCUUUGGAACUGGACCCCGAAACUGCCUUGGAAUGAGAUUCGCAAUCAUGAACAUGAAACUUGCCCUCAUCAAAGUCCUGCAGAACUUCUCCUUCAAACCUUGUAAAGAAACACAGAUUCCCCUGAAAUUAAGUUCUCAAGGGUUAAUUCGACCAGAAGAACCCAUUGUUCUCAAUGUUGAGCCAAGAGAUGGGAGUGUGCGUGUAGCCUGAAUUUACCUAAGGACUUCCCUUUUGUUCUUGGAGAAGCUAUAUCCCAGAAUACCACAGACCUCAAUUUCCUAUGUGAGUAAAACCCAGAAAUGAAGAUGGGCUUCGUUUACUGCCCAUGACGGAUGACUAGAGAUUCUGUACACGCCUUCAGCUUUGUCUGGUGUCUGUGUGGAGCAUUAUAUAUUGUGGAGAGUAAAGGAUGUGACUAAUAAGUGCCAGACAUGUAGAUGCAGUCUAUCUGGUUCACACAGACUUACCCCCAGUUUGUGCCAUCUACUCCCCUGAGCACUGAUCAAGAAUAGAAGGGAAGGGAGAAGAAAUGGGUAGGAAAUAUCAGAAAGGGAGACAGAACAUAAAGACUCCUGACUCUGGGAAAUGAACUAGGGGUGGUGG